CGACGCGUGCGUGACCGAUGAUUGACGCAGGUGCUGCGCAAGCGCAGGCUCUCUCCCAUCCAUGUUGUGGUGGAAGGAGGGGGCUAACUGCUCAAGGCUAGCCUAGCCCGCGUCCUCCUCCUUCCUAGUCUUGUUAUCUUCCAUAUUCCUGUUCUGGUUGGCGGUUGGUAGGACAUGUCCUGGGCUCGCCGCCCCACCAGGCGGCCGCCGAGCGCCGUCGAAACUCCCGCAGCUCUUCUCUAAGAUAAGCUAAAAUAACAUAAGCUAAGCUAACGUUAGCCUGUGACGAUGACCGACGAAAUGUCUCCUGACUUCGUGUUGAUGCGCCUCUUCGUCUCGGCGGCCGAAUACGACCACCUGGAUCACCUGGACCGGCAGCCCGAACACGUCACAUCCGGGAAAGCCGGCCUGGCUCACGGCGGCUUAGAUGGGGACUCUGGCGGGCCCACGCCGGCCCUCCUUGGCUCGGCGUCCCCGCACUACAGCUCGCCUUUGCCCGGCAAAGGCGAACUCGAAGGCCGGCUGCUGUUGCCGGAGGCGCCCCCAGACUCCGAGGAGGAUGACGACUUGGACUUCACCGGUUCGCCAGGGUCUCGCUCGAGGGCGCAGUUGAUGGUAUUCCGGAACCGUAUGUUGGACUUUGGCCUGGAGCAACCCCCUUUGGAGGGGAAGGAGACCCUCUGGGUGGACUCUUCAGAGUUGGAUUCCGGUCCGGCCAGGGGGGUAGAGGAGCUGGACGUGUGUUGCGUUUCAUCUUCUGAGGAGAACCAAUCUGAUCCGUCCGGGUCGGUCCUGUGCCACCCACUGGCGAAAUGGCCACAGCUGAAUAACUGUGACGCUGGUGGCAAAGAUCUGGUCCUAGGCCUGAACCACAGACUGGAUCAACCAGGAGGUGGGGAAGGCGAUGACGGCGUAGCAGGAUCCCUACCUCGGUGCUCUUGUCUCCUGGGCACCAGAGGGAUGGCACCGGGCGAGGAUCCAAGCGAGACAAGUGAUGCGCUGCUGGUCCUGGAAGGCUUGGACGCAGAUGCUGAAGUCAGAGAGUUGGGGCUGUGUAGGAGCGUGGGGCCCAUGUUUGCCAGCGGAACCCUUAGCGGGCUGAUGCAGCAGGUCCACAGACUGGCUGGAGAGGCGGGGGUCUGCACCCAUCAGGCGUGGAGAACCCCCACAGCUGUUCAUGGACCUACUGGGUCUCUCCCAAACCAGACCGAUGACGGUCUUCAAGUGUCCCCCGUCACCCCUCCACCCCCCAUCCCAGAACCGCAGCAGCGCCCGCAACACCAGUCCCGCUCCCAACCCCAGAGCCGGGCCACCACCCCCAAGUUGGGCUCUGCCACGGGGGGCCGCUCUGCCUCCCCUCUGGUGGUUCUGGAAGGGGACCUACCGGCUGGCGACAGGACACCCAGGGGCAAGUCCAAGAAAGGGGUGUCCCUGAAGGUACGCCUGAGCAAACUGUUCCGUACCAAGAGCUUGUGCGGGGGUGCAGGGGGCCACCUGGACAAGAGGCCGUCCCUUGCUUCGUCCACUUCAUCGGGGGGGAGUCUGGUGGAUGUGUGGGGGUCCGCCAGGUUGUGGGGAUCCACCUGCAGCAACAUGGAGGAGGGCGGCAGGCUGCAGACGGCCACGCUGACGUGCUCGCCGCCCUUCACCGGUGAGACAGUCUCUCUGGUGGAUGUGGAGAUCUCUCGGAGGAACUGUCUCCACCCUCCGACUCCUCCACCUCCACCUCGACGGAGCCUCAGUCUGCUCGAUGAUUUGGGGGGUCCCCCGCCGCCACGGAUUCCGUUGUCCGAGUGCGUCGGCGGGGCGUCGAUGCAGUCUCUACCACCCCGUCCCAUGGGUGCGCCACCUUCCCUGAGCACCAUCCAGCACAGCCUGAGUCUCAACGACUCGUUCCUGCGGGGGCUGCCCCGGCCUGUCCCUCUGCGGACCAAGGCGCGGAACCCGCCGGUUCCUCGCCCAGCGCCCCGCCGCCCCCUCAAACGUCCCGACGCCGGCAACUUUGCCAACAGCCUGCGAGAGCUGGAAAAGUGCGGCUGGUACUGGGGUCCCAUGACGUGGGAGGACGCCGAGAUGAAGCUGAAGGGCAAAGCGGAUGGCUCCUUCUUGGUGCGGGACAGUUCGGACCCUCGCUACAUUCUCAGUUUGAGCUUCAGGUCGCAGGGCGUCACGCACCACACGCGCAUGGAGCACUACCGAGGGACCUUCAGUCUGUGGUGUCACCCCAAGUUUGAGGACCGCUGCCACUCGGUCGUGGAGUUCAUCGAGCGCGCCAUCAUGCACUCCAAGAACGGGAAGUUCCUCUAUUUCCUGCGCUCCCGAGUCCCGGGUCUGCCACCCACGCCGGUCCAGCUGCUUCAUCCCGUGUCCCGCCUGAGCAGCAUCAAAUCGUUGCAGCACCUGUGUCGCUUCUGCAUCCGCCAGCUGGUUCGCGUGGACCACAUCCAGGAGCUGCCGCUGCCCACGCCCCUGAUCGUCUACCUGCGCAAGUUUUACUACUACGACCCAGAGGAGGAGGCCAGCCCUCCGAAAGAGGCCGGCGACACACCAACGUAGCGACCUGGCAUACAAACCAACAUGAGUCCAACCCAUCAAAGGAUGAACUUGAAGCUGGACAGCCAGUCAGCUCCCUAACUACGUCCUGUAUCCGGGCGGAUUUGGAUUCACCUUCCUCCUCUAAUCUCUCUGAUUGGUUGCUGAGGUCCACAGUAGGAAAAAGAACGAACUCCUCAGCUUCUGUCGCCGCCGCAGCCGAGUUUUGUCAUAGACACUAACUGCGGGGCUUCCUGGAACCUUCAAAAUAAGUUGUUUACAGGACGUUGAUGCUAUCGCAUGUAAAAUAAGUCCGAGCCGCGUCCUUCCCGGUGAGUGACGUCCAGAAAGUGGGCGGGGCCCGAAAGUUGACUGUCACGUGACUCGUGCUGGGACACGCCUCCAUGAUGAUGUCAUUAAUUGUGAACUGUCAAUAAAUGUGGACGGGGCUCCUC